AUGAGCGAGACAGUGUUCGCCAAGGCACGCGCAUCUUCGACCUCAGAUCGCUCAUCUGGUUCCAAUGACAAAGUCGCUGCAGCCGGCUCCACCAAGGUCAAGAAGCUCGUCAAGGUCUCUUCGGUCCGCUUCUUGCUGCUCAAUCUACUCUUUCAUGUCAUCUACAUCUCGUCCAUAUUUGAUAUCUACUUCACUUCCCCCGUCGUUCAUCCCGAGCCACGCUUCAGUGCGAGGGGAACCCUCGGAUCAAAAGGCAGCACUCAUCAACUCGAAGCGCCAGCCAAGCGUCUCGUACUCAUCGUCGGUGAUGGUUUACGCGCCGACACACUCUUCAAGAAACAUCCUGCUGAUCUUCUGCCACCAUGGUCAAUAACGCGAGAUAAUAGCUAUGCUAAAGAUGGAGAGAUGGGCUCAUGGGCCUCGUUCGACAAGCACGCUCUCAGCCAACCGCACCCGUACCCACUCGCACUCGAGUCGACCAAGUCGCCUGACGCCUUUCAAAGAGUGACUGGAAUCAUCCCUGAUACUGCAUUUGCGGCACCCUUCUUACGUAGCGUCGCAAGACAUCGCGGUGCCUGGGGGCUCAGCCACACGCGCGUGCCUACCGAGAGCAGGCCCGGCCAUGUCGCUAUGAUCGCGGGCAUGUACGAAGACGUCAGUGCGGUGACCAAGGGAUGGAAGCUCAAUCCAAUCGCAUUUGACUCGCUUCUGAACCAAUCCAGCCACUCAUUCGCCUUCGGUUCUCCGGACAUCGUUCCCAUGUUUGCGGUCGGAGCAGCGGCUGACCGGGUCGACAUGUGGACGUAUGACGAGGAGGACGAAGACUUCACCAAGGAUGCCACACACUUGGAUCUCUGGGUGCUCGACCGCCUCAAAGGACUUCUCAGUCGCGCGAAGGGGGACAAACUACUCGACGCCAAGAUGCGAAAGUCUGGCACCGUCUUCUUUCUCCACUUGCUUGGCCUCGACACCACCGGCCACACCUACCGCCCCUUCUCUUCCGAGUAUGUCGGUAACACCAUUGUCGUCGAUGCCAUCGCACGCGAGGUCGAAAGACUGAUGGACGACUUUUACGAAGAUGAUGGGCGGACUGCCUACGUCUUUACAGCGGACCACGGCAUGAGCGUCAAGGGCAAUCACGGCGAUGGCGAUCCGGAUAACACGCGGACGCCCCUUGUAGCGUGGGGAGCUGGAGUGCGCGGACCUCGACCAGCUACCCCGCAGCAAAAGAAGCUGUCGGUUACUGAGAGCAAGGACGACGCUUACUUUGCUGACUGGCAUCUGGACGACGUCGCACGCACGGACGUUAACCAAGCAGACAUCACGCCACUCAUGUCCACCCUAUUAGGCGUGCCGAUUCCUGCUAACUCGGAAGGUCGUUUGCGCCUCGAUCUCGUUGACCUACCCGAAGAGCACAAAGCACGGGCGCUUGUUGCUAAUGCUCAGCAAGUUCUCGAGACGUAUCGAGUCAAGCACAAGUCUCGGGUCAGGAGGAUGGUCCGAUACACACCGUUCGGACCUCUCUCGCAAGCAGCGGGCGAGAACCGCGCCGGGGAGACGAGGCUAGCUCAAAUCAUGCUAGACAUCGAACAAGGUCACUUGGAACAAGCUGUCGCCAAGAGCGAUGCGCUCAUUGACGACGCCAUUCAAGGUGCACACUAUUUGCAGACGUACGACUGGCUGCUGUUGUGUUCCAUCGUCGCGAUUGGCUAUCUCGGAUCGAUGGUUCACACCUUUUCUUUCCUCCUCCGAAGCUAUAUGCUGCCAGACGAGGUCAUCGAUCAAUUGACAGCCUCCACAUCUCCCGCUGCAAAGAAGCCGCCCGGCUUGCUCAAGAUAGCUGUUGCGCCACUUUCGGGAGCGGUGUUUGCAUUGUUUGCCGCGCAAGAGAUGCCCAUCUCGUACUAUAUGUAUGCAGCUCUAGCGUUCCUGUUCUGGGGACGCAUCGUGGACGAGCUUCCUCUCUUCCGCGCCGCUUACCACUACGUGGCACGGUCCAAGGGAAGCAUUUCAAUCAUCAAGACCGCACUCAUAGUGCUGUCGAGCAUCGCGAUGCUCGAGCUCAUGGCAAUCGGCUACUUGUAUCGUGUAGCAUGGUUCAUCGGGUUUGUCCUUCUCGGCUUUGCUUGGCCGGCUUUUGCGCUGAAUGCCGACUUUAAGGCGGACAACGAAGGCCUCAUUCUCGUCUGGGGUCUCUGUUGCCUCAUUACCGGUCUUUUUACCAUUGGCGAUGUCAACAAGGAGGAAAGCAUUCCGUUGCUCAUGUCGAGUGCCUUGGCUUUCCUUGGCGUUGGCUUCCUCAUUUCUUCGUGCGGGAAUCUCUUCUUUCCCGCUACAACUAUUCAGGACCCAAAGAGUAACUCUCCUGCUCAAGAUACGCAUAGCAAAGCGGUCGAAGAUGCGCAAUUGCUCCACCUUAAUCACACCUUGCAGACAAUUCGUGUGCAGAUUGGGGUGCUAGUAGUCACUGCCAUCACCACUGCCAUCUCGGCCACGUCGCUGACCCGCAAACAAGGACUCCCUUGGGCAACCCAAGUGCUCGGCUGGCUCUGUCUUGUGACAUGUCUAGUCUUUCCGUUCGCGUACGGAUUUCGUCGUGCCAUUUCGUUCGAGCUGAACGACGAUGCAGCAACGAGGAUCACGGUCAAACAACCCAGCAGUCAACGCGUGGCGAUUGUGGUGUUCGCCUUUGCUCCUGUGUUCGUGUUGCUCUCCUUGCGGGACGAACUUCUGUUCUUCGGAUGCUACACAGUGACGUUGCUAGUAUGGGCAAAGAUGGAAGGGUCGCUGCAUGAGUUGCAGAGUGAAGGAGGCGACCAGCAGCCCAGCAAAGCGAGGCGGUUGCUUAGACUGCCGGAGCUCAGAGUCAGUCUGUUUUACCUCUUCUUUCUGCACGUCGGCUUCUUUGGAACGGGCAAUGUGGCAUCCAUUUCGUCAUUCUACCUCUCUCCCGUCUACCGCCUCGUGCCCAUCUUCAACCCGUUCCUCAUGGCCACGCUGUUACUCCUCAAAAUCUUGGUUCCCUUUCUCAUCCUCAACGCCGUAUUCUCGCUGCUGGCAAGGAGUCCUCGACUGCCAUCUACGGCAACAGCAUCCAAGACGAUCGAUCGGGGGUUCAAGCUGCUGGGAGAGACAGCACCAGGUGGGCUAGGUCUAGAUUCGGCGCUGAGCCUCGUCUUUGGGGCUGGCAUUGCAGCAGAUGUGCUUGCGCUCAACUUCCUCUUUGCUGUGAAGAGCGAAGGAAGCUGGCUGGAGAUCGGACAGACGAUCACGCAUUUUGUGAUGGCCAAUCUGCUGCAGAUCUUUAUGCUUGCCUUGGCCGCCGCGAGCUCUGUUCUUCUCGGGCGAGCGUAA